AAUCCCCCCCCCCAUCCACCCUUGUCGUCUCUCACUGGAUGUUACCUUGACCACCAUGCCACCACCUUGCUAGCCUUCACAUGCCUCCUUGUCUACCACGAGCGCUGCUGCACUACCGCCCUGCAAUAAAUCUUGGAAACCCCUUCCUCGAGCGGCCUGUACACAGUCGGCAAUGGCCGGGAAAAGGACUGGUCCAGCGCAUCACUUACCUCUCCACAGUUCUGCUCGAUUGUUUGGCACGUCCUUGAUGCUGUCACUGACCGGGGUCAUGCCUUCCUUUGACCGAGUCCGGAACCCCCAAAACCACACGGCAGAAAACACCGCACAUCGGCCACGCCAGGACGCCAUCGGUCUACCGCCCAACCUCGGGUCACUGGGAUCAACCGGGCUAUACUCUCAUUCUCUCCUGGCCUCCUACACGGCGACGAAAGCAUCUUUACCAGCCGUUGCCCGUUUCAGGCCUCGCUCUUCACCCACACCCUCCCUGGACGAUUCAUUCCCACCUUCCAGGUUACGCUAUACAUGCUGCCACGCCUACCUGCUUCUCCCAUGCACCAAACCUCCGCCUCUAGCUACCACCAUAGGCAAUACAUACCCUCAAGUCGCGUCUCUAUGCGUCGCAACCUUCUCCAGAAACCCCGACUUGGCAUAUUCCAUUACAGUGGACGUGCCAACGUUGCUCUGUGGGGUCCUUCUGGGGGGGAACAUGGAUAUCGGCCGCCGCCGCAAACGCCUCCUUCCUGCAAAGCUGGGGUUACAGGAUUCACCCCAAGAAAGUUGACGACCCUGCACUGCUGAUUUUGAAGACAGAUGCAACUAGUUCUCUAGACUUUGUGUGUGCGCGCGCUAAAUAACGGCAUGCUUCGGAGGCUAGGCAUGUCUCCUCUAUUCCGCCAGAGAUCCUUGGCCAAUGACAGUGUCCCCAAUCCAGAUCAAAAAAGCAGGAAAUAGAUAUAAUAUGCACAGAUGAGGCGGAAGGCGAGUGGGGACUUGGGUAUCCUGCAUCUUCCCCU